UGUACAUAUGAUUUUUAUAUUAUGUUUAACGUAAGCACAUAAAAACAGCUUAUUAUAGACACAGUGUAAUAAUAUUUUUGUUAUGAAUAAAAAAUAAAAAAGAGCGAAUUGUGAACGUAGCCUAAACACACGUGCGUUUUUUUAUUGCAUAUAAUAAUAAAACACCCGGUAUUUAAAUAUAUCCUGUGACCGACAAAUUUCUCAACAAAACAGAAAGACGAUCUCAAUAAUAUGGUUAUUAAACAUUGACAAGAAAAUGUACUUGACGAGUAUAAAUUAAUUCUUAAAUUAGAAAAAAGAAUUGUUUCAUUCUGUUCAGGAAUGAGAUAUUAGAAAUUAGAAAUUAGGGAAAUUAAUUAUAAAGAAAGAAUGGAGCGGACGUUUUUUCCACAACCACCACAACCUCCAUCGGCUGCGGUGAAAGAGAAGCCACCGGUGUCAGAAUGGGAUAAAAUUAUGCUAAAUCUUAUUGGAAAUCAGCAGAGAUUUCGUGAAAAUAUUGUCAUUCCAAGGAUACUUGGACAAAUCCAUAUAAAAUCAGUUGAUGAAAAACGAGUUGAAAUGGUAAUGGAGAGCUGUGUUUUCAAAAGUUUUAUGAGCUGCGUUAUAGGAUUUGGAUUGGGAGCUGCGAUAGGUUUAUUUACAUCGAGCGUGAAUCCCAACGUAGCAGCAGUUGAGAAACAACAGACUGUUCGUGAAAUUUUCCACGAGAUGAAAACAACGACUAUGGGUUAUGCGAAAAACUUUGCAAUGGUUGGUUGUGUAUUCUCGGGAAUUGAAUGCGCAAUUGAAUCGUAUCGAGGUAAAUCGGACUGGAAGAAUGGCACUUAUGCUGGUGGAGUGACUGGAGGUCUCAUUGGAUUGAGAGCGGGCGUGAAAGCUGGAAUAGUUGGAGCUGCAGGUUUUGCAGCCUUCUCAACUGCAAUAGAUUACUAUAUGCAUUCAUUGUAAAUUAAAAAAUAGUCGCAUGCAAAAAGAAUUUUUAAUCUUUUAAGAUUAAAAAUUCUUUCCGUACGUUUAAUUUAUUCCAGUCGUACCAAAUAUAAAAAAAACCACAUACAAAAUAAGUACAUUACUAAAUGAAGAAAAAAAUCUGACCAUCCAGAUCGAUAAUCUCUAUAAUUCUUUGGAUUCAUCGUUUUUUUUCUUAUUAUAUAUAAUAUUGUAUAUAAAUUUAUGUAUACGUAAAAAAUGGAAAUAGAAAAACGCAGAUUUGCCUUCACAGUUAUAUCAACUAAAUAUAUAUAUAUAAAAAUA